AUGGCAUCACGACUUGCUCCGAAAGUGAAUUCCAGACAGGGAGAGUCUCAGUGCAAGGAGAAACAUGUGACUCUGCUCAGCCCUGUGGGGAAGCUCAAGAUCUCUGGGUGUGAAAUAGGUUUGCAUGAGAUCAAACUUCCAAAGAUGAGCAUGCUGCCAAGUGGGAGGGCAGAGUCCUCAGCUGCUUGCGAGGUGUGCAAGGAUGGGGAGGAGAUGACGGAACCGCUUAAGCAGUGCCUGGAGUGGUUGUGUGCCUACUUCUGCGAGCCAGCGAGGACAGCCAGCCUGCCCCUGCCAGCCUUCCACCACCCACUGCUCCAGAGAGAUUCCUUCACCCGACAAGUGCUGUGGACCCUGCUGAGAGAUGUGAAGUUUGGGGAGGCUGUUUCCUACAAGCAGUUGGCAGACCUGGCAGGCAAUGGUAGAGCAGCCAGAGCAGUGGGAGGAGCGAUGAGGAGCAAUCCCAUCCCAAUCAUCAUUCCAUGCCACAGGGUGAUUCGCAGCAGCGGGCAGAGUGGCAACUACGGAGGAGGGAACCUGCUGAAGGAGUGGCUGCUGUCGCACGAGAAGCUUCAGAAAGAGAAGUUAGCAUAUUGA